UGCCGUCCGGUACAGGUAGCCGAAAGCAAUGGAAACCACAAAGUGUGGGAUGCUCGAGAAAUCUAGACUCCCCACGAUUUUGCUCAUCAUAUAAAUUUCGGAGGUUUUUUGAUGAUUGCACUCUUUGGGGAGGUCGCGUCGUCCAUUUCACAUGCUACUCUCAACGUCAUUGUCACGUGGUCACCCUACCCUGUGUACCCCAUACUUAGUAUGAAAGGAUCCCCCAUGUAGAAAACAUUUUCUAGGUUGCUACCUGGUUUCACCACCUCCCAAUGUCCCACUCAGCUGCAACCAACGGAGUCACUGAUCCUUGGGAAGCUGUAUAUCCUGUCGAAGAGCAUCUCAAAGCCUUCGAGGCUGCAUUAUAUGCUGAUGAAGUGUACAUCGAACAUCAUGGAGAGGCUUCUUCACCUGGCUCCGGACCACAGCCUACUCCCACAACAUCUCGAAUACGGAAAAUCUCUGCGUUGUCAGAUUGGGCGCCCGUCAAUUUGAAAGUCAAGAAGCGAAAGAAGAAGGAUCGACUUUCGUCUAAGCGACUAGGUCAUGACUGGUGGUUUCUUGUACUGCGCUGGCCGCUUUUGCUUUUCAUAUUUUUAUUCAUUGGAGCGGAAUUCGGAAUCUAUGUUCUCAUUCGGCAACUCGUGAACGCGAAGGAGUGGGUCUCAGCAUGGAGAGGAAAGAAGGGCGUUCUUAGGAAGAAGCUUAGAGCUUCAACGACUUAUGAGGAAUGGAAAGAGGCGGCUAAGGAACUUGACGACUACCUACAUUUUGACGAAUGGAAGAAGAUUGACGACGACCCCUACUAUGAUUGGAGACUCAUCAAGAAGGUUGGGCGUUCUCUGAAGAUGCUCCGGGAGAAGAAGGACGCGCGAGGCUGUCUCGGUGUUCUGGAAACUUGUAUACGUGCCAACUUUGCAGGGAUUGAAUCGUCUCGGCUGUACAGUGAAACUUUUCUCGGAACUAAGGAUCUUCUUGAAUCAUAUCUGGACGAACAAGAGAAGGCGUUGGAGUACAUUCGUGAAACGCCUGACCUUUCAAUCGAUGAGAAGAAGAAAUUUUUCAAAAGUGCCAACACUAAUCUCGGCAUAUCUGCCUUGUGUCUGUCCGGCGGAGCUGCCCUGGGCUAUUAUCAUUAUGGCGUCGUGAGAGCCUUCCUCGAUGCAGAUUUACUUCCCCGUGUCAUCACGGGAACUAGCGCUGGUGGACUUAUAGCAGCCCUCACAGCAUGCCAUACUGAUGAGGAGCUCAAGGUCCUUCUAGUGCCAAAACUUGCUGACAAACUCACAGCUUGUGAUGAACCCUUCAGUGUCUGGAGUAGACGAUUAUGGGAGACUGGAGCUCGGUUUGAUAGUGUAAUCUGGGCAAGGAAGAGCACUUGGUUUACUCGUGGUUCCAUGACUUUCAAAGAAGCAUAUCUAAGGACCGGACGGAUACUCAACAUUACCGUUAUCCCUGCUGAUCGUCAUAGCCCUACGAAAGUUCUCAACUACGUAACGGCACCGGACACGAUAAUUUGGUCGACGUUAUUGGCAUCAGCCGCUGUACCCGGGAUCAUGAAUCCUGUCGUCCUAAUGCAGAAGCUUAAAGAUGGAAGUGCUGUGCCUUGGAACUGGGGCAGCAGGUUCAAAGACGGUUCUUUGCGUGUCGACAUCCCGCUUCAGGCAUUGAAUUUGUAUUAUAAUGUCACCCAUCCAGUGGUAUCACAAGUUAACCCACAUGUACACUUAUUCUUUUUUGCGCCUCGGGGCUCGCCCGGAAGACCUGUAGCUCAUUAUAAGGGGAAAGGAUGGAGAGGCAACUUUGUGCUAUCUGCAGCAGAGCAAUGGUUGAAGCACGAGCUCACAAAGAACUUCAAAGUCAUAAGGGAUCUGGAGCUGUUGCCUGAGAUUCUUGGGCAGGAUUGGUCUAGUAUCUUCCUGCAGCGGUUUGAAGGUGCAAUCACCAUUUGGCCUAAAACCCGUGCAUCGGACUGGGCACGUAUCUUGGAGGAUCCAGAUCCCCAAAAUUUGGACCGAAUGAUGAAGGUUGGAAAGCUUGUCACCUGGCCCAAGCUGCACAUGAUCGGCAACAGAAUGAGGAUUGAGAAACAAAUUUUCCUUGGUCGUCAAGCACUUCGCAAGAUAACAAGGACCAGACCGCGAAAUAUUUCACCGGAAGGCAUCACACCACCUCCUAAUGGCUCAGACCUUCCGUUGUCUGUUGACACUGACGCUGAAGCAGCAUUUUCAAAUGGCACACAAUGGUUCUACCGACGUGGUCACCACGCCGGUACUGAAAGACCUGGAGAUUUGGAACACGAUCCUUUACGGUCGUCUGCUGUUCGAAAGAAAUGGGUCGCCGACCUACUUCAUGGUGGAACUGAAGAGCGCAAUACGAGAAGCCCAGCAUAUGGUCAACUCCCGGCAGGCGGGUUUUUCCGGCGACUGAGAACCAACUCGUUCCCGAAUCUGCGUCUUUCCGGAUUGAGAGAGAACGUCCAAGAGAGACAAGACAAGAUGGACGUAAGCGUCGAACGGUCUUGGAGUAGUGAUAGCUCGUCAGACGAUGGUGUCUCUGUGGAAGGUAGCCGACCUUCCUAUCUAUCCUCUCCGAGGUACGAGCCUGGUCAGGAAUUGGAUGAGGGGGAGGAGUCUGAUGUAGAUAUGUAAGAUAAUUGUAAUUACUGAUAUUAUGCUAGUAUUUUGAAUUGGUAUCUAGAAGCUGUGGCAAGUCAGAGUAACCUUUGUCAGCAG